AAAAUAUGCGUCAUUUUCCCUCCACUGACAUAGCAACCAAUAGGGGCGUGGGGCCGGCGAGGAAACUACUGAGUAGAAGAGGCCGUAACGAGAGGAAUACUGCAGCGAAGUGGGUUUGGGCAAUAACGCACCCCGCUUAGUGGAGAUGUCAGGGCGCAGCGGAAAGGUCCAAGGGCGGGCGAGAAAGGCCCGGGUUUCCCAGAAGAGAAAAGCAGAGUCUGAUCCAGAGCCAGACUUUGUGGUGAAAAUAGAACCGGAUGAGGAGAAUAAUGUUGCUGCAGAUGUUUGUGAUGGAGAGGCAAGGACCAGUAUGAAAACAGAGCUAGACUCCCGCUGGGAAUGGGAAGGAGAUGGUGGCAUUUGGAUUCCUUUUUCCCCUGAGCUCAGCACUCAGAUUAAUUUGGCAUUCAGUUCAGGGAAACGAUUUGUGACAGUCUCACCAGCUGCAGGGGUGUCGAUAAAGGUAGAUAUGCAGAAAAUGGUUCAGAAAAACACACAGACUGGGUACCAGAGAUUUGUCCGACUGGCAGUUCAAGAUUGUGACAAAUAUUUUGUGUGGCAGUGGUGGUCUGAUGAGGGAGACUGGAUUUCCUAUGAUGCUUGCACGUGUGUGGCUCUGGAGGCUGGAUUUCAAUCAGAAGCUAAGAUGGUGUCUGUAAGCUUGGGGGGUCGCCCAUACAUCAUCGAUUUAGAAACAAUGGUGCAAAAAAACAGUCAAACUGAACAUGAAAGACAGAUUCAACGCUGUUUAUCUGGUCCUAGUAGUGCUCCUCAGCAAAAGAGCACCAUUAGUGCACCUGCAAAGAGAUCCCGUGGAAGCAAGAGUGUUAUAAAUGUAGAAGAUGAAUCAGAGGAGAAUAAAGAACAGGUUAGGACUCUGGUAAUGAAAGGCAAAGCUCCAGUAGAUCCAGAAUGCUCCACGAAGCUGGGGAGGGCUCAUGUGUUCUGUGAGGGAGAUGAUGUGUAUGAUGUCAUGUUAAACCAGACCAACCUUCAGUUCAAUAACAAUAAGUACUACCUAAUCCAGCUGCUGGAAGAUGAUGGUGUGAGAAAUUUCUCUGUUUGGAUGCGUUGGGGAAGAGUUGGCAAAGUUGGGCAGAACUCUCUGGUAUGUUGUGGAGGAGACCUACAAAAAGCAAAAGAUAUUUUUCAAAAAAAGUUUCUUGAUAAAACGAAGAACUUAUGGACUGAGCGAGCACAGUUUGAAAAAUGCCCUGGUAAAUAUGAUAUGCUGCAGAUGGACUAUAAUGCAACUGAGCAGGAAGAAGAGAGAGCAGUGAAGGAAGAGAGCCUGGCUGACCUUCCCAAACCAGAAUGCCAAUUAGACCUCAGUAUCCAAGAGUUGAUUCAGCUGAUUUGCAAUUUAAAAGCCAUGGAGGAGACUGUACUUGAGAUGAAAUUUGAUACAAAGAAAGCUCCCCUAGGGAAACUGACAGUCGAUCAGAUACGUGCUGGCUACUGCUCCCUUCAACGUAUUGAAAACUGUAUUAAGAAGCAAAAGUUUGGCCGGGAUCUUCUUGAGGCAUGCAAUGAGUUUUACACACGCAUUCCCCAUGACUUUGGGCUACGAACACCUCCUCUUAUUAGGACAUUAGAAGACCUGACAGUAAAAGUUCGGCUAUUGGAAGCGCUGGGUGAUAUUCAGAUUGCAGUGAAGUUAGCAAGCAUGGAUCUCAACUCUCUGGAGCACCCUAUCGACCGACAGUAUCGGCAGUUAAAUUGUUCUAUUCAGCCCCUAGACAAAACAUCCAGUACUUUCCAGCUUAUUGAUGGUUAUCUGCAGAGCACCCAUGCUCCAACGCACAAUGAUUACACUAUGACACUGCUGCAGGUCUUUGAGUUACAGCGAAUGGGAGAAGAAUGCAGCUUUAGAGCAGACCUACCUAACAGGAUGCUGCUGUGGCAUGGCUCUCGGCUAACUAACUGGGUCGGAAUCCUUAGCCAGGGACUAAGAGUGGCCCCUCCAGAGGCUCCAGUAACUGGGUACAUGUUUGGAAAAGGGAUAUAUUUUGCUGAUGUCUCAUCAAAAAGUGCAAAUUACUGCUUCUCAUCCCGGGACAAAAAUGUUGGAGUUCUCCUACUGUCUGAGGUGGCUCUCGGGGAAAGUAAUGAGCUUCUUGCUGCAGAUUAUGAUGCCCAAAAGAAGCUGAAGUCAAAGCACAGCACAAAAGGAUUGGGAAGGAGCAUCCCAGACCCCAAGAACAGCAUCACCCAUGACGGAGCUGUGGUUCCAUUGGGUCCACUAAUAGACACAGGCAUGACGAAUGACAGCGACUACACGCUAAAUUACAACGAGUACAUUGUUUAUGACCCUCAUCAGGUUCGCAUGAAGUACCUGCUACAGGUCCACUUUAACUAUAGUUCCUUAUGGUAACAUCUGUGCAGAAGGAGCCUAAGGAGAUCUGAUGCAUCUCAGUGUCAUGGGAGUAGAAUGCAUUAAUGUGUUGUUACUGGCAGCAGAAGCGCUCAGAAUGACAUACAUUUCUUUUAUAUAAACCCUAAUUAUAUAAUUACAUACUUCUAAAUAUGUUGUUGCUUUUUCUAUAUUGGCUUAUAUAAUAGAGGACAUUAGUUCUACAUUAAAGAAAUUAUUAACCUUA